GCUGCCUCUGGGGGAAGGUAUGCCCGCCUGGGCCGGUGCCUUCUGCACCUGCCGUGUAGGUCCGGAAGACACUGCACCAGCCGGGGAGCCCUCAGCCAGCUCGGAAGCCAGGAUGGAGGUCACACCUGUGUGUUAAAGAGGCUUCUGCCUCCUUUGUGUCCUAGUAAAGACUACAAAGAAGAGUCCCUCUUCCUUUUGUCAGCAAACAACUCGUUCUCCCUCUGACCUGCUAUCUGUGUCCCACAGAAGACUUGAACCUACACUAUGGGAAGUGGUACCUCAACCCAACAUCACUUUGCUUUCCAGAACACAGAGAAAGCCUUCAGGGCAGCAGCCCUCAUCCAGAGAUGGUACCGGCGCUACAUGGCGCGCCUGGAGAUGAGGCGGCACUGCACCUGGCGCAUCUUCCAGUCCAUAGAGUACGCAGGACAGCAGGACCAGGUCAAGCUCCAUGACUUCUUCAGCUACCUUGUGGAUCACUUUACCCCCAGCAGCAACCACGAGCGAGACUUCCUGAACCGCAUGUUCACUGAGGAGAGAUUCCCCCAGGACACUGAGAUACAGAAGCCCAGCGACUAUGAAUCCAUAGAGGUCCCAGACAAUUACACAGGGCCACACCUCGCCUUCCCGCUCCUUCCCGACCACGCGACUGCCCUGGUGGAAGCUUUCAGACUGAGACAACAGCUGCACGCUCGCUACGUCUUGAACCUUCUGCACGAGACCAGGAAGCACCUGGUGCAGCUGCCGAACAUCAACCGGGUCUCCACCCGGUACAGCGAGGAGGUCACCGUGUGCGGAGACUUACAUGGCCAGCUGGAUGACUUAAUAUUUAUAUUUUAUAAGAAUGGCCUCCCGUCACCAGAGAGGGCCUAUGUCUUCAAUGGUGACUUUGUGGACCGAGGCAAGGAUUCAGUAGAGAUCCUGAUGGUUCUUUUCGCCUUCAUGUUGGUCUACCCGAAAGAGUUCCAUCUCAACCGAGGAAACCAUGAGGACUAUAUGGUGAACUUACGAUAUGGCUUUACCAAGGAAGUGAUGCAUAAAUAUAAGACACAUGGCAAGAAAAUACUAAAAACACUGCAGGAUGUUUUCUGUUGGCUUCCUCUGGCCACUCUGGUUGAUGAGAAAGUCCUGAUUCUUCAUGGCGGAGUGUCAGACAUGACUGACCUGGAGCUUUUGGCUAAACUAGACAGGCACAAGAUCGUCUCCACCCUGAGGCGCAAAACGAGAAAGGAGAAGGGGAAAGCGGCGCCGAAGAAGGCGGGCGCGGCGCGGCCCACCCCGUGGUUCCUGCCCCUGCGCGCGGGCUCCGGCGGGGCGCCCCGAGCCGGCCGCUCCUCCAGCCUCCCCUGCGGCGGCCCCGCGGCUCCGGAGCCGGUGCGGCGGGCGCGGCGCUCCGUGGACCUGGCGCUGCCCGGGUGCCCGCAGCAGGGGGGCAGCGCGCCGAGCGGGGCGCAGGGGGAGCCGGAGCGAGCCGCGCCGGAGGCCGACUCGGAAGCCCGCGAGCCGCCGGAGCCCACCCCGGAGGAGUGGAAGCAGGUGGUCGAUAUCCUGUGGAGCGAUCCCAUGGCCCAGGACGGCUGCAAGGCGAACACCGUUCGAGGAGGAGGCUGUUAUUUUGGACCUAAUGUGACAGAACAGUUGCUGCAGAAAUACAACCUGCUGUUUCUGAUCCGCUCCCACGAAUGCAAACCUGAGGGCUACGAGUUCUGCCACAGCCGCAAGGUCUUAACCAUCUUUUCCGCCUCCAACUACUAUGAAGUUGGCAGCAACAGGGGGGCCUACGUCAAGCUGGGGCCGGCCCUGAGCCCGCACAUCGUGCAGUAUCAAGCGAACAAGGCAACCCACAUGCUGACUAUGAGGCAAAGGAUUAGCAGAGUAGAGGAGUCCGCUCUAAGAUCUCUGCGGGAAAAGUUAUUUGCUCAUUCCUCAGAUCUUCUUGGUGAAUUUAAGAAGCAUGACGCAGAUAAAACUGGUUUCAUCUCCCUGAGUGACUGGGCAGAAGCCGUGGAGUCGGUGCUGCGGCUGGGACUGCCAUGGCGGAUGCUAAGGCCACAGCUGGUGAGCAGCUCCACGGAUUCCACAUUGGAGUACAAGUCCUGGCUGAAGGACUUGGCCAAGGAACAACUGAGCCGUGAGAACAUCCAGUCAAGUUUGCUGGAAACACUAUAUCGGAACCGAUCCAACCUGGAGACCAUCUUUAGGAUCAUAGACAGUGACCAUUCAGGGUUCAUCUCACUGGACGAGUUCAGGCAGACUUGGAAGCUGUUCAGCUCUCAUAUGAACAUUGACAUCACAGAUGACUGCAUCUGUGACCUUGCCCGGAGCAUUGACUUCAACAAGGAUGGCCACAUCGACAUCAAUGAGUUCCUGGAGGCCUUCCGCCUUGUGGAGCAAUCCUGCCCAGAGAGCGAUGCCUCAGACUGCCCCCAGACCACAGACACUGAGGACGGGGACGGCAGCAAGCCAAGCACACAGUAAGAGCAGCCUGUGUCCAUCUCUCGUGGUGCCUCAUAACCAAGACUGAGCUUGUCCCUGCAAUAGCUCCUUUAUUCUCCAGAGAUUUGUGGAAUUUUACUCUGAGAAAUUGCCUACCAGUGUGCAUCAGAAUCAGCUCUCUGCAUGUGUUGUGUGUGUGUGUGUGUGUGUGUGUGUGUGUGUGUAUUUAAAUAUGUAGCUACCCUAUCCCUAGCUCAAAAGUUUCACAGGGCAAGACCCAGGUAUAAAUAUUUUAAAUUCUCAAGUCUACCCCAGUUAAGAACCACUGAUAAUUCAAUCCCCUCAUUGUUUUCAUUUUAUACCUUUUAAUUAUUGUUUUGAAAAUAUCUUAUUCGUAAAGUUAUGAGAAAUUUUGCAAUCCUGUGACCCAAACAUGGAUUCUUUUCAUUACUUACUUUUUCUUGUUAUACUAUAGUUUUUAUAUAAUUUAAUGUUCUUUUUUAAAAAAAUAAACUCACAUCUACUUGUAAAUACUUUCCUGUGUUGCUACAU